AGCUCGGCCAGCAGGGGCGCUGUGGCUCCCUCACAGCGGGGACACCCACAGCACAGCACACUACACACUGACUAGUGGAGGAGACAGCAGCAGCACACAGAGGAAUGGAACGCUCUGCAAGUCCUGCACUAGCUGCCAUCUGAUACCCUGCUCCGGGCUCCAUGGCAGUUCCAACCAUGUGUGAGCCUGGAAUCUUCCCUCCCGAGCCAUCAAGUCCGUAUUAUGGGGAGUGCUCAGAUGCCUACUACCAAGUGGACCGUUGGCAGAAGCUUCGGACGGCGGUCAGGAAGCUGGAAUUCUGGGAGACUUUCACCGCCGAGCCGAUAGGAAGCGGAUUCUUUUCCAAAGUGUAUAAAGUGUCUCAUGGUGCGGGCUCCAAGAAUAUGGUGGUGAAGAUAUAUAAAAAAGAUGUGGAUGAGGAGGGAAUUGUCCGAGAAAUAUCUCUGCUGCAGAAACUGUCCCAUCCCAACAUCGUGAGGUACCUUGGAAUAUGUGUGAAGGAUGAGAAACUGUAUCCCAUCCUGGAGUACGUGAACGGAGGCUGCCUAGAGGAAUUACUGGCCUGUAAAGAGAUCUUCCUGAGUUGGAAGGAGAAGGUGGACCUGUCGUGUGACAUCAGCAGGGGGAUGGUCUAUCUGCACUCCAAAAACAUUUACCACCGAGACCUGAACUCUAAGAACUGUCUAAUCCGGGUGACCCCGCGGGGUAGAGAGGCCGUGGUAACUGAUUUUGGCCUGGCCCGUGAGGUGGAGCUGCCUCUGAAGAACGGCGAAAGGAAACUAUCUCUGGUUGGCUCUGCCUUCUGGAUGGCCCCUGAAAUGCUGCGCGGAGAACCGUACGACCGCAAGGUUGACGUUUUCUCUUUUGGGAUUGUCCUGUGUGAAAUCCUUGGCCGAAUUCCCGCUGAUCCCGAGAUUCUGCCCAGAACGCAGGACUAUGGCCUAGAUGCUGCCGCUUUUCAAGCACUGGUCAAAGAGUGCCCUACACGGGUCCUGGAGUUAGCAGCUAGUUGUUGUCGGCUUGAGGCAUUUAAGAGACCGUCGUUCAGCGAGGUCCUAGAUGAACUGGAGGACACAGCAGAGACGUUAGAACCCCCAACAGACCUCCAGACCUCCUGCUAAGGACCUAUCGUGUAAUGUUACCUGUAAAUAACUGUACAGAAGGACUACAGAUUCCAUGGAGAGAUCCGGAAAAAUAUAAAUAAUGGAUAUUUGUAUUUAUUGAGCGGCUUGUUUGUUUUAUUUUUGCUUUAUGUUUUUGUACAUUUUGAUGUUUUCGGAAGAGACUUCCCUGACCUUAGCCAUGGAAAUAGUGGUUAUCCGUCUGCAUCUCGGAAUGCUCCGGUCAUCUCCGUUAACGUGGGAGGAAGAAUUUCAUUUUAAGAUCAAUUACAGAACGUUAUUUGUCUUUUUCCGACAGGUGCAAUUGAGCAAUUUUGAAAUUUCUAAGUUGUUUCAUUCUCUGGGGUCUAUAGUGCCCGUCCCCCAUCUGUUGUGCAUGUAAUAGUUUUCUCCUUUGUUACACCAGUGCCUUAUUCCUGUUAUUUCACAGCUAGAAAAUACCUUGGCAUCUGACUCUUUGAAAUGUCAUUGGGGUUAAUGUAACAAUCUGCUUUGCGCAAUAUAUUACAUUUAUCCCAUACGGGGGGGGGGGGGCGCGAUCUAAUUAAAUGCAAAGUGUGGGAAAAAUGCCGUUGGGACCAUGUGUGUGACGACAACAACACCCUAUAUCAUGUAUUUUACCUCACACCCCCUUAGAGGCGUGGAGUAAACUGUAUGACGAUAGGCUAACACAUGUACACGUUAUAUGGCGUACCUUACAGCAGAAGACGCCAUCUUAGAUAGCAUUUAAUUGGAUUGUCCCCAUACAGUAGAAUAUCUGUUAAGGUUGUCAGGGAUGGUGUUGGGGGACACAGACAUAAAAUGUCUCUGUAGGUCACCAGUUGCAUAGCACCGGAGUAGAAAAUAAAGUUGAUGUCUGGUUGCUAUGGGAAACGCCACCUCUUACACCAUUACCAGUAGCCAAGGAGGGCUGAUAUUUCUUUUUAACUUUUCAAGUGAACAAAGCUGUGAAUGCUCCUUACUGCCAAGUAUCUUCCCUUCAUGGAUACCGAUAAAUCGUACACUACUGUGCGGACCAGUGACCGCGUUAUUCCCCUGGCCCCUCCUCACAAUGACUAGAACUGAGGGAAAUACUCUCUGGAUACCGUGAUGCUGUGGUUAUUUGAUUGCUCCUGCGUCUGGGAAAUUUGUACGUCCGUUCCUCUGUGUAAAAUAAAUUCAGUAUUUUUUUUUUUU